AUGGAAGGCAAAGAUUUUACAAGAAGCCCUCUGGGCGACCUCGUUCAGCCUCGAGCGGAGAAUGUGGAGUAUGCGCCGGAGCGAAAAGACAGCUUCGUGCCUCGGCGCGCAAUCGCAACGGCUGCAGAGCGUGCUCGUCGGAACCUAAAUGCGAAACUGGCGAAUCCGCUUGCUGGAUACUCGCAUGAAGAGCUGCGCAGACAGGGAAUCAACUUUGCCAUCACAAACCACAUUGGCGAAGAGGGCGAUAUUCGGGCAUUUGGAAUUGGGGCGAUGCUGGCUCAGGCGCCAGAGAAGUUCGAAAACGUCCCUGGGUUGACCGCGCAAGAACUCGAGGUUUUGCGACAUGAGUUUGAACACCGCUGGUCACAACCUUGGACAAUGUAUCUAGUUAUCAUCUUGUGCUCAUUAUCAGCUGCUGUCCAGGGAAUGGACGAAACCGUGGUAAACGGCGCGCAGAUCUUCUACAAGCAUCAGUUUGGAAUUGCAGACGAGACCAUCUCAAGACAUAAUUGGAUAUCGGGAUUGGUCAAUGCCGCUCCGUACCUAUGUUGUGCUGUUGUCGGGUGUUGGCUGACGGUUCCCUUCAACUCUUGGUUUGGCCGACGGGGAACUAUCUUCAUCACUUGCAUCUUCUCGGCGACGACAUGUCUUUGGCAAGGAUGUUGCAAUACCUGGUGGUCGUUGUUCAUCGCCCGCUUUGCGCUUGGUUUUGGAAUCGGUCCGAAGUCCGCAACAGUACCGGUCUAUGCAGCGGAGACAGCUCCUCCAGCCAUAAGAGGCGCCUUGGUAAUGCAGUGGCAAAUGUGGACGGCUUUUGGAAUCAUGUUCGGAUAUGCCGCCGACUUAGCGUUCUUCCAGGUCCCUGAUUCCUCCGGCAUCGUUGGCCUAAAUUGGCGUCUGAUGCUGGCCUCCGCUCUUCUCCCCGCAGUCAUCGUCUGCUGCUUUGUCUUUACGUGCCCCGAGUCACCGCGCUGGUAUAUGUCCCGCAAUCUGUACGACCGCGCAUACCGGUCAAUGUGCAGUCUGCGCUUCAACAAAGUCCAGGCGGCCCGCGAUAUGUACUACAUGUACACACUGCUUGAAGCCGAGAACUCCAUGAAGCUGGGCCAGAACAAGCUGCUAGAACUGAUCAAUGUCCCGCGUAACCGGCGGGCCAUGGUCGCAUCCGAGAUUGUCAUGUUCAUGCAGCAGUUCUGCGGCGUCAACGUAAUAGCCUACUACAGCUCCGAAAUCUUCCUCCAAACGGCCAGCGAACACAGCAAACUCACCGUCUCCAACCAACGCAAAGCCCUAACCGCCUCGCUGGGCUGGGGCCUGAUAAACUGGCUGUUCGCAAUUCCAGCCGUCUACACCAUCGACACCUUCGGCCGGCGCAACCUCCUCCUAAGCACCUUCCCGCUAAUGGCGCUCUCCAUGUUCUUCACGGGCUUCAGCUUCUGGAUCCCCGAGGAAACGGGCAAUAACGCGCGCCUCGGCUGCACUGCGCUAGGAACAUACCUAUUCGGCGUGUUCUAUUCCGUCGGCGAGGGUCCAGUCCCCUUUACAUAUUCCGCAGAGGCAUAUCCGCUGUACGUCCGGUCGUACGGGAUGGCGCUGGCGACUGCAACAACAUGGCUGUUCAACUUUGUGCUCGCGAUCACGUGGCCGUCACUGCGGAUCGCGUUCAAGGACCAAGGCGCGUUUAGUUGGUACGCCGGGUGGUGCAUUGUGGGGUGGUUGCUGAUACUCAUGUUCAUGCCUGAGACGAAGGGGAAGACGCUCGAGGAGCUGGACCAGGUGUUUUCCGUGAGCACGAGGUUCCAUGCUCGGUACGGGCUGCGUCAGAUCCCGUUCUUCUUCAAGAGGUUUGUUCUGAGGAGAAAUGUGCAGCCGGAGAUUCUGUAUGAGCGGGAUUACUCGUUUGAGAAUCUGGCUGGGGUUGGCUUGGUCUGA